GCUUGUAUUGUAUGCGUGAAAUGAAAAGCCUCAUCCCACUGGCUGCUAUGAUCUAGCUAGUGAAGCGUUCUUUUCAUAUUAAAUUUAACAAAAACAAUAUCAAUUUUUGAUCUUUAUUUAAGUAGUUAUUUUACUUGUAAUUGUUUAUGGUUGCAUUGUUGGGAACCUAUUAUUUGCCAGCCAGCCACACAGCGGCAAGCUGGCCAGUUUGCCGACGUUUUAUGGAUUGAUUCCCAGCUCUCUAACGGUAACGUUAUUAGCGGGUAGCCGAGUCCAAGGCAAGGGACAGCUGUUUUUAAUCCUAGUUUUUUAAUCCCUGUUUUUACUUGUUAAAGAAGAUGAAGAUAACGGUGGAAUUCGAGGAAUGUCUCAAAGACUCUCCAAGAUUCAGGGCCACUAUAGAGGAGGUGGAAGGGGAUGUUGGAGAGUUGGAGUCCAAACUCGACAAGCUGGUGAAGCUAUGCAUCGGGAUGAUCGACGCUGGCAAGGCUUACAACACGGCAAACAAACAGUUUGUCAAUGGAAUCCGCGAACUCGCUGCGAGCUCCACCAAAGAUGAAGUCAUUGAGUCCAGUCUCACAACGUUUGCUGAGAGUCUGCAGGAGAUGAUCAACUAUCACACGAUUUUGUUUGACCAGGCCCAGCGAUCGAUUAAGACACAGCUUCUAACAUUUGUCAAAGAGGACCUGCGGAAGUUCAAAGAGGCUAAGAAGCAGUUUGACAAGGUGAGCGAGGAGAAGGAGGCGGCGUUGAACAAGAACGCCCAGGCGCCGCGCAACAAGCAGCACGAGGUGGAGGAGGCCACCAACAUCCUGACGGCUACGCGCAAGUGCUUCCGCCACAUCGUCCUGGACUACGUCCUCCAGAUCAAUGUACUACAGUCCAAGAGAAGAUCGGAAAUUCUCAAAUCGAUGCUGUCCUUCAUGUACGCCCACCUGACCUUCUUCCAUCAGGGUUACGACCUUUUCAGUGAACUGCAACCGCUGAUGAAACAGCUGGGGGGACAGCUGGACCUGCUGGUGGUGGAUGCAGCCAAAGAGAAGAGGGACAUGGAGCAGAAACACUCUACCAUUCAACAGAAGGACUUCUCGAAUGACGACACCAAGCUGGAGUACAAUGUGGACGCAGACAAUGGCAUUGCAAUGGAGGGCUACCUGUUUAAGAGGGCCAGCAACGCCUUCAAAACAUGGAACAGGCGCUGGUUCUCCAUUCAAAACAAUCAGCUAGUUUACCAGAAGAAGUUCAAGGAUAAUCCCACAGUGGUGGUGGAGGACUUGCGUCUAUGUACAGUCAAACACUGUGAAGAUAUCGAACGCCGCUUCUGCUUUGAAGUGGUGUCACCCACCAAGAGUUGUAUUAUGCAGGCUGACUCUGAGAAGCUGAGGCAGGCUUGGAUCAAAGCUGUCCAGAACAGCAUCGCCACUGCCUUCAGGGAGCAGGGAGAGGACGCUGAGAAGCUGGACCGGAGGUCUUCCACCUCCACAGGCAGCCUGGACUCAGGCGGCGAGCCCAAAGAGAGGUCACUGAAGGGUGAGAGCGCCCUCCAGAGGGUCAUGGUCAUUGGGGGCAACGCCUGCUGCUGUGACUGUGGCCAACCUGACCCACGCUGGGCCAGCAUCAACCUGGGAAUCACCCUCUGUAUCCAGUGCUCUGGGAUACACAGGAGUCUGGGGGUCCAUUUCUCCAAAGUGCGCUCGCUCACCCUGGACUCAUGGGAACCGGAACUACUCAAGCUGAUGUGUGAGCUGGGUAACGGGGUCAUCAACCAGAUCUACGAGGCUGGGAGAGAGGAGCUGGGAACCAUGAAGCCAAAGCCGACAGACCCCAGACAGGAGAUCGAAGCCUACAUCCGGGCCAAGUACGUGGACCGGCGUUUCGUGCAGCGCCCUUCCAAUGAAGAGUUACGCGCCAAGGUGGUAUCCCUGGCCAAGCAGGAGAAGAAGCUGAGCGGCAGCACAGAGCACCUGCCCCCCCGGCCGCCCCCGCCCACGCCCAAACUCCGGCCCUCCUCCAAUGCCUCAGGUCAGUCAGCUGCUGCCAAGGGCUUGAAGGCGCGCCGCGACUCUCUCUUCUGUCCAGACGAGCUUGACUCGCUCUUCUCCUACUUUGACACCUCUGCCAAGCUCAGGAGCAUAAGAAGUGCAGACAGUGGCAUCCAGAACAGUGCAGAAGGAAGUAGGGAGAUGCUAGCCACCAACAGCCUGGCUGAAGCAGAAGCUGCCGAGGCGCCCCCCAUGGCCAUGCCUGCCACCCUGCCCCCUCCAUCGCCCUGUAAGGAGCUGGUGGUGUUCUCGGAGCCCAAGGAGUACUCCCCGGGCCUGCAACUGUACUGGGCCUCGUGUGCCCGCAGCCUGCCCGACAUGGCCGAGGCCCUGGCCCACGGAGCGGAGGUCAACUGGGUCAACACCGAAGACGACAAGAGGACCCCGCUCAUCAUGGCUGUGCAGGGGGGCUCGUUGGUGACCUGUGAGUUCCUGCUCCAGAACGCAGGAAACGUGAACCAGCAGGACGCCCUGGGCCGAGGACCCCUCCACCAUGCCACUAUCCUGGGACACACCGGUCAAGUGUGUUUGUUCCUGAAAAGAGGAGCCAAUCAGAACGCGGCAGACAUUGAAGCGAAAACGCCCCUAUCCAUGGCAGUGGACGCUGCCAAUGCAGACAUCGUCACAUUACUGCGAUUGGCCAAGAUGAACGAGGAGAUGCGGGAGGCGGAGGGGCCCUACAUGCAGUCAGGAGAUGAAACCUACCAAGACAUUUUCCAGGAUUUUUCCCAGAUGGCUUCAAACGAUCCGGAGAAGCUGAACCGCUACCAGCAGUAUGACUCGCAGCAGAGGCCAUGAGACGACCUGGAAGUCUGGGGAAACCGACUGGGCUUUUUCCUGGUCUGUGCUGUACUCAGCACGAGUAUUGGAGGGUCUGUUUCACCUGAACCUCAAUGGUGAAGGUGUCUGUUGUAUAUCACUUUUAAUGGGUGUAAAAUUGUACAUUUUAAAGUUUAAAAUGUAUACAUUUUAUUGAGGCUGGAUGGCUCAGGAUUGUGAACUUAAACAAUGUUUUAUGAGACUCUGGACCGGCGCCCAGUUUGUAAAACAGUUCACAUUUGAACCUGAAUGGUACAGUAUUAUGCUUUUUACAUAAUGGGACAGUUUGGUUCAAAACAUAACCAUAAACAAAAUCAAGUUGAGUCAUAAUUGUCUAUUCCGAAUUCAUAUAAACCAAAUAGACCACUCAUCGUGUCUUUAAGUUUAGUAGGCUUUUUACAUGUAGAUUCUUUUUUUAAAUAUAUAAAAAAUUAAACAUUUUAUUUGUGCUAUCAAUUUGCUAAAAUCGUCCCAUUUCAAUGUGGUGUUUUGUUGAUUAAUAAGCAGCACCUUUUGUGAUUUCGGCUAUAGUAGUGUGGUUUCACAGCAUUGAUCUGUUGUAUAUAAAAUGCAAAGGAGACUCAUUAUGUUAGAAAUGAAAGUUAAUGUUGAUGGCCGACCCCCCCCCCCCCCCCCCCCCCCCCCCCCAGGUAGUUGACAUAUCCUGCCACCUUAAUUAUUUGCACAAAGUCCCACUUUCCUCGUCAACACUGUUCUGUAUGGUGAAACGUUGGAGUGUCAGUUGGUGUGACGUGCUCAUGUUGUCAAAGGGUAGGUUUGUCACUCUUGAAAAACCCUUCAUGUGGCUCAUGCACAGAUGUUGAUUGUGGGUAUUUUGCUGUUGAAUUUGAGGCAAUACUUUUGUUUUGUGUGAUUUUUAAGAUCUGAUUUUCCGUGUUUGUCACCAAGGCCAGUUCUUUGUGAAGGAGGGUAAUCCGUUAUUUUUUUUGUGUGUGUGUGAGGAAGACAAGCCUUAUGUUUUAAAGUAUUUCAUAUUCAAUCUUGUUUUAGACCAGAAAUAAUGACUGUUAAAAAGAGGAAAUAUUGCAUGUUAGGCCCUUUCUGUACAUGCAUGUUUGAAUUUAUUGUAGUAUCCACUUUCUGACAUGUCUCACUAUCUUAUUUUAAACAGUAUUAUAGCAUCCUGUUCAUUGGAUGGCAAAAAACGACUUCUAUAAAAUAUACCUUGUUUAUUAGUAUAACAGUGUAUUAGAUACACUAACAAGCAUGUACCACCUUCCUGGAUACAUACUACUGUGGCAUUGCAAUUGCAAUAUGGGUAGCUCUCUUAGGCCCUGGUUAUACUUGGUGCUAAUGCUCUCUUAAGCCCUUUUAAUACCUGGUGCUAUCAUUUGCCUUUUGUCCUGAUCUUGUCCACAUUCUGAUAGUGCCCACAUUUUUAGAUGGGUGUAGAUGAUUAAAGCAACUGAUUGUGAUCAGAUACUCCUUACCACUUCUGGAGGUCUGUGUAAACAGAUCUGGAUUGUUAAACCAUUUAAAUCCACCCUCAAAUCAUUGAAAUAGGGCACCAUGGACUAAAGGCAUCAAUAUUGGUCUAUAACGUAAAAUAAAAAUUAUUAUUUUGAGACGAUGGCCCGGAAGGACCAAUCUAGUGAUUGGAUCAGAUCACAUGUAAAUGAAAUGUGUAACUAGGGAUUUCCUUGAUUUUUAUUGGACUUUUAACUUGUAAACUCUGCCCACUGAGCUUUCAUCCAACCAAUCAAUUUGUCCCAACUACUUCCGUAGGUGGUCGGGAAGAUCUGAUCAGUGUAAGUUUUUUGUUAGCACCAGAUAUAAACUGGGCUAUUCUUAAAUAAAACAUGGGAUACAGAUCUUGUACAGCUUUUGAAUAUGCAUAAGUUAAAUCUAAAGUAGUGGUACUUGAAUCAUUAAAUAAGCGCUUGUAAAUGCUGGUAAUAUAAAAAGAAAAUUACAAGAUAAAAUUGUCUCCCUAUACCACUCAGAUAUGCAUAUUAUCGAUAUAAUUAUGGACUAUAUUACAUUUACUGCAAAUCAUGGACUGAAUUUCUUGCUGAAUGUUCAACUGUUUGUUGUAUUGAUUUUAUAAAGCAAUUUUUCAUUCUGA